AUGAACAAAACAACCUGUAUUGAUAUCAAUAAAUACGAAAGAGAAUUGAUCAAUUACAUCAAUGGCAUUCGUAAAAAUGCAGGUCAGUUAAUUAUAGGGAGAAAAUUGGCACAAAAUGCACGUUUCAUAGCUAUUAAUUUUGAUGAUGGCUAUGAAACUAAUGAAAAUCGUAUUAUUACACAUUUCCCAUUUGCCGAAAAGCUUAUUGUCAUCAGAAAUGUAAUAGCUGAUGCAAAACAAGAUAACGUCUUACAGAAGAUUAAGGACGAUCUUAAUUCAAAUUCAAAAUACAACUCUUAUUUAGUUAGCCCACUCUAUAGAUACGGUGGUGUAUCUAUUUUGCUCCGUAAAAAUGGUGGAGCUGCAUACGCGAUUCUUCUUGCUCAGAUUAACGAUGAACUUAUGCAAGAGGCAUAUGCCACAACAUAUAAUUCAUUUUCUGAAGACAUAUUAAUUGAUUGUGAUACAAUUCUUGACAUUUGCAAUAAAUUCAGAGAAGUUCUUCAUUUACGUUUGCUUGACACCGAAACAAAUAUCCAAUCAUUUUUGGAAAAUAAGUUAAGUGAAAAAAUUCCUUUCAAACAAAAGAUUAGCGAUUUGAUUGAUUACGUAGAUCACUUGGACGGCCAAUUCUUCCACAUUGCAAAUGUUAACUUUAAUGACAUUCAUGAUCUUAUCAAAACUUUAUUCCAGAACGAAGAUUUUCUUCAAUUAGUUACUUCUUCAGCUAGAGGUACUGCAGUUUAUAUCCAACGUUCAGAUUUAUUCCUUUUCACUACCUAUCCACCAUCUAAUUCUACUCCUUCUUCCACAAAUAUGUAUGCUCGCUCGGAAUCCAAGGCUAAUAAAAAAUUCUUGGAGUUUGAACCUAAAAAAUUCGCUUUUUCAAAGAAAGUUAAUCGUGGUUCACCAUCUAAGCUCAAUCCAAACUCUACAUCAAAUACUCCACGUAAACCAGAAAUUUUACCAAAGCCAGAAGAUGGUUCUAAGACACCUUCUCAUAAGCAACAACAUAAGGAAAAUAAAAGCUUCACUCCAACAAAGGAACCUAUCACGUUGACAUCCUGGAAACCAUCACCUUCCCCAGUUCGUGUUUAUCCAGCUGCAGUUGUUGAUGAAAUAUCCAAAUUAAUUAACAAAUCAGGAAAACUUGAAUUUAUUGACAAUAUACAAGGCUCUCUUGAUGAAUUAGUUGAAGAAUUUCUUCACUCGAAAUAUGAUGAGCAAAAAGUGAUUGACGAACUAUUCCCACAGUACAUCGAAUAUGAAAUUUUCCAUGGACAUUACUCUCAUGAUACUUUGAUCCCUCAAGUCGAUCAGUUUAUCUCAAAUAUUAAUUUAUCAUUAAAAACGAGCUAUUAUAUAGCCGUUAAACAUACCAAGAACGAACAAUUCUUCGCUCUUGUCAUCGUAGCUACAACAGAUAAAAGAGGAAGUCUCGAUUACGUAAUCUACAACUCAAUUUGCAAUGCUAGAGCUGCCCAUAAAGUAAAAGACGAAGUACUGUUCAAUAAAACAAUUUAUACCUUCGCAUGCAAUGCAAUUGAUACAAUGAGACAAGAACGAACAAUUUUUGAAUUCUCCCAUAAUCAUAAAGAAGCACUUUCAGCUAUUAUUCCAAAUGCAAAACUUGUUGACGGUUGCGCUUUUUCAUUCCAUUGCCAAGAUAAAAAAGAUUUAGCAAAGAAAGUCGUUGAAAUGCUUGCAAAUGACCAUAACAAAGUUCUCUUUGGCAGAUUCAAUAAUUGUGGUCUUUCUAUUGAUUCUAUUGAAAAAGACGAAUAUUAUUUUGCCGUCUAUUUUGUUAGGAUUGAAUAA